AUGGGGACUUUAGGAAGAGUAAUAUACACCGUCGGAUUCUGGAUUAGGGAGACAGGUCAGGCAGUUGAUCGCCUCGGCAGCCGCCUCCAAGGCAGCUACUACUUCAAAGAGCAGCUGUCUCGGCAUCGGACUCUGAUGAACAUAUUCGACAAAGCUCCUGUGGUUGACAAGGAUGUAUUUGUGGCCCCAAGUGCCUCUGUCAUUGGCGAUGUUCAAGUGGGAAGAGGGUCUUCUAUUUGGUAUGGAUGUGUUUUGAGAGGUGAUGUGAACAACAUCGUUGUUGGAUCUGGAACUAACAUACAGGACAACUCCCUAGUCCAUGUGGCUAAGUCUAAUUUAAGUGGGAAGGUGUUACCAACCAUUAUUGGGGACAAUGUUACUGUAGGUCACAGUGCUGUUAUACAUGGCUGUACUGUUGAGGAUGAGGCCUUUGUUGGUAUGGGAGCCACAUUGCUUGAUGGUGUUGUUGUUGAGAAACAUGCCAUGGUCGCUGCUGGAGCCCUGGUGAGACAGAAUACAAGGAUCCCCAGUGGAGAGGUAUGGGGAGGUAAUCCAGCAAAAUUCCUGAGGAAGCUCACAGAUGAGGAAAAAGCCUUCAUCUCCCAGUCAGCCACCAAUUAUACCAACCUUGCACAAGUCCAUGCAGCUGAGAAUGGGAAGUCCUUUGAUGAGAUCGAGUUUGAGAAGGUCCUCCGUAAGAAGUUUGCUCGACGGGAUGAGGAGUAUGACUCAAUGCUGGGUGUUGUUCGUGAAAUUCCCCCAGAACUUAUUCUUCCGGAUAAUGUAUUACCAGAUAAAGCACCAAAGGACCAAAAAUGA